AGAAUGUGAAAGUGGUUUUGGUUUGUAAGGCACAGCCCGAGCUUCGCCUCUCAGCCGCGUGGUGGUGCAGUUUUACCACAUCUACCCCGUUUCUAUGGCAAUCCUGCUUUGUAUUGGGCGCCAUUUUCAAACAGCGUUACCGCCACCGGAAGACAUUCACCCUGAAAAGGAAACCAGCUACAGAGCAGCUAGCUACAAACAAAAGAAAACAAAACAGACCAAAGUUAAAGUGCAUGGCUAAAGUGCAUUGAGAUAACGCGGACUAUCAAACGCAUAAAGAUCGUUUUGAUAUGUUCAAAGAAAAUGACGUUUUUUUUACGUAAGCGCAUUUGUAAACGUAGCUAGCUAGUCAAGCUAAGUGCUAAUGUGUACGUUAAACUGUAACCUAGCCAAGUAGCUGACAGCUGGCUAAUACAAACACAUCGACAAAGAAAACUACUCGAUCGUUGCUCAAGAGCGUAACCAUGAGCACCAGUGCAGAACGGAAAUUUAUAAAUCUGCGAAAGCGUCUGGACCAGUUGGGCUACAGGCAGCCGUUAGGCAUCGAGUCAUUGCCUUUGGUGGAAAAGCUUUUUAGCGAUUUAGUCCACACCACUGAAAGUCUUCGAAAUGCCAAGCUCUCCGCUGGGAAGACCGAAAAGGAGAGUCGGAAUCUUGACGCUCUGCUGGAGCCGUAUAAAACAGAAAAUGCCCGGCUUGUACGAGAGAAUAAUGAACUGCACUUAGGGCUUCUCAAAUUGAAGGAGGAGAAGGAACGAACCACUAGAGAGCUAAAGGCUUUCAUCAGGAAACUAGACCAUGAGACCUCAGAUCUAAAGUUCCUCAACAAUCAGUAUGUGCAUAAGGUCCGUGCACUGGAGAAGGAUAGCAAAGCCAAAAGCGAGCGCAUUCAGCAGCUCCAGGAGAAGAACAUGCAGGCUGUAGUGCAGACACCAGGAGGGAAAAAGAGGCCAAUCCCUUUCAGACGCCAGCGGAUGCAGAUAGAUGAGCUUCUCCCUGCUUCCCGUGGCAUCUCUUCUUCAGUUGCGGCACAGCCCGAUGACCCGUACGUUGCUGAUCUUCUCCAAGUGGCGGACAACAGGAUUCAGGAGCUGCAGCAGGAAGUGACAGUGCUGAAGUUGGCUCUAGAAAGAGCCCAGGGAGGAAUCAAGCACCUCAAUGCUCAGGUGGAGGAGCGAGAUAAGGAGAUUGAGCGCCUGAAUCGAGCUCUAGAUGGAGGACGACCGUAUGAUGUCAUCACUCUGGAGGCUCAGAACAUCAGCAAUGAAAAGCUCAUUGCUCACUUAAAUUUACAGAUUGAGUACCUGCAGGAAACAAACAGGGCACUGGAACAGAGGGUGGAGGGAUUACAACAAAAGAAGAAGACAUUUUCUAGCGAGGUGGCCGACCUGAGCGCCAGGAACCAGGAGCUGUGCAGUGAACUCACCCAGAUAGACCAGCUCGCCCAGCAGCUAGAGAGAGACAAGGAGAUGGUGAUGGAGACAGCUGACAUGGAGCUGCAGGACGCCAGGAAAGAGAUUCAGCGGCUGCACAAACAAACAGAAGAACUAGAGGAGGUCAUUUCCAAAUUAAGACAAAACCUAGCAGAAGGCAAUCAUGAGAAGGACCGUCUGAAGGAUCAGCUAUCAGCAGUGCAGGAGGAAAAUGUGAAGAUGGAGGGAUUGAUGAAUUUCGUGGAAGAGGAAAAGAAGAGACUGCAGGACAAAGUGGAGAAAAUGACGCACGCUGAUAAAGAAAUGGUUUUAGAAUUGGAGCGUAUGCGUAAUCGACAUGGCAUGUGUGGCAAAGAGCGUUCUCCAUCUCGAUUGGACGCUUUCGUGAAGAGUUUGGAAGAAGAAAGGGACUACUACAGACAUGAGGCAGAGAAAUGUAGAAAGACAAGGGGAGGGGCAGACAGUGUCAGUCCUUCCAAGAGCAGGAGUCCCAGAGGGCGUGGGAGCUGGCCUGUAAGAGGAGAAAGUGCAGACACUGAACUGUCACGUGCGCUGAGAGAGAGAGAUGAGCUGCAAGCCAUGCUGCUGGACUUUGAGAAACACAUGGAGGACAUCCAGAUAAAAGUCAAACUGCUCACCACUGAGAGAGACCAACUCAGCACUCAAUAUCAGCAGGCCCAGGAGGAGCUGCAGAGUGUCCGCGGCAAGUUAGCAUAUUCUCCAGAGCUGCAGCGGAGAGUGAGAGAGCAGACAGACACCGAACUACAUAAAGUCACAACAGAAAGAGAUGCUCUCCGCGAGAGACUCAAGGUGGCUCAGACUUUAGCUCUGACAGACAGAGAGCAGGAGGAGAUAAGAAUAAUGGAGCUGGAGAACACUGUUCAGAUGCUGGAGAGAGAGCGGUCAGAUCUGCACACACAGGUGGCUGUAUUAAAGGAGAGCCGUGUAGCUCUCGAAGAGGAGCUGAAGGCCCGCUCAGCAGCCUUGCUUCAGAAUGCAGAAGAGAUGGCCCAGCACCGGGCUGAGAGCAGCACUCUGAGGCUGUUGCAGGAGCAAAUGGAGAAGUCUCUGUCUGAUGUUCAGCACAGAUUGUCUGUAAAGGCUAGCGAACUGCAGGCAGCUCACCAACAAAUGGACAAAUUAGAGGAGAGAAUCACCGAACUGACUAGGAAUGGGUCUUCUCAAAAAGAUGAGGUGGCAACGCUGCAGGCUGCCAUCGCAUCUCUGGAUCGAGAGAAGGACAUUCUGCAGGAGGCAGUGGACCAGAAGGCAGAGAGUAUGGUCCUGCUGAAGGACCAGCUAAACAAGAAGGAGAAGAUGCUGACAGAAGUUCGACUCACCAUAACAGAAAUGGAGAACUCUUUAGAACAACUAAAGGGGGUGCUGAGCAGCCGAGAGCGGGAGAUAGCUAGUCUUCGCAGACAGUUAGAUCAGUCGCAGGAGGAACUCUCAUCUGUCAGCCAUGACAGAGAGAUUGCACUGCGAGAGAACCGCAGACUACAGGAUGACCUGGCCACCAUGACCAGAGAAAACCAGGCAGUGCACAGAGAAAUGGAAGAGGCACUGAGAGAGAGGGAUGAGCUAAAGAUGAGAGUCCACUCCUACAUUUCUGAAGUGGCCAAGAUCGAGAAAAUAAUGGCCUCCAAGGAACAGGAGAACAGGGAGAUGUUGGAGCGUUUCCGCUCAGCACAUAUAAACGCUGAGGAGCGCGAGCUAAAACUGCAGCAGGCUGAGGGUCUCAACAAUUCCAUCAAACUGGAGCUUCUCUCCUCUGACACGGAGCGCAGACACCUCCGAGAGAAGCUCUCCCUGCAGGACCGAGAGAUACAGGAGCACAUGAAUGCACUGCAGGCGUAUGAGGCUCAGGUAUCCUCUCUGGUGCGGGCAACGUCUCGGCUAGAGGACGAGCUCCAGUCGGCACGGGCAGAGAAAGCAUCGGUGCUAGCCGAUCUCGCCUCCGUACGUGAGCUCUGCGUUAAACUAGACUCCAGCAAAGAGCUGACCACACGGCAACUUGCUGCCAAGAGCAUGGAGCUGGAGCGGAUGACUGGUGAGCUGGAGGAUGUACGGUCAGAGAUGGAGCUCCUGAAGAAGCAGCUGGCUAGCGAGAAGGUGACUGUGCGUAACUUGGAGACGCUGCUGACCACCAACCGACAGAAAGAGUUUCAGAACCACCUCAGUGCAAGUGAGAGGGAGUCAGAGCUGAAAGUGCUCAAAGACCGCCUGGCUCUCGCAGACAGCAAAACGACAAGUCACGCUAGAGAGGUUUCUCAGCUGCGCGGAAAAUUGUCUCAUCUCCAGGCAGAAAUGGACGUGCUGAAGAGGCAACUGACCACAGAGCGCUUUGAGCGGGAAAGGGCAGUCCAGGAGAUGCGAAGACAGGGUGUGUCUUUUACAUCACUGCGUAGCUCCUCCCCCCUCAGUACCUCACACAGUCCCCGCCCAUCGUCCCCUGAACCUUCUGCCUUACGCACACCAGAGCGCUUAAUUGAAAAAUCUCCAGAAAAAAGUGUGAGUUUUAAGGACUAGAGAGAAGAAAAUAAACCUGAGGAUCUUCCGAAAGUGGGCAUCAGAAGGAGUUACUCUCUGGGAAUGCUGUUCAUACGUCAUCCCUCUUGUUGUGAAUGUGGUAGGAGAGGCCAUCUGAUGUCUGUUUCUGGUUACAGUACUUCAUUCCAUUGUGGCUUGAAUUCUGAUUGGUGCCUUUUUUGCAUGAAAGCUUUUUUUUUUUUAUCAAGAACAUAAAGCCUUAGAUUUAUCCUAGAUAACAAAUGCACUGACAGGCUGUUACAACCCAAUCAUGCCACAAAGCCAAACAGAAAAACAUGUUUGUUUUAUUUAAUAUCCUGAAGGAAAUUGUGUUUUUUUAUAUAUAUAUGUAUGUUACUAUUUUUCUGUGAACUUUUAAACACAUGCUUUUGUAAUAGAACAGAUUGAUGAAUUAUUAAUACAUUUAUUUCCUGUGAUUUUUUUUUUAUUUUUUACAUAAAUUCUAGUAUUUUUAUGUGAAAUGUUAGUGUGUGAAGGAGACCAAACAAUACUAAUGACCAAAAGUCCUCAGGGCUGCCAGUGUUACAGAGAGAGCUCUCAAACCCCAAACUUAUGACUGGUGUUGUGUUUCGUCCAUCGUUUGUGUGUUCACGUGAAUCAUUAAUUUAUUAACUUGAAUAAAAAAAUGUACCUAGUUUCUUACAGCA